UUCAUUUAAUUCCUAUUUACGUCAUAGGACAAUUUCAAACAUUAUUUUAUUUCCAGUGAUUAUUUUCAUUAUUUAUUUUGUUCUUUUUUCAUUCGAGAUAAUUUCGAAAUCAGAAUGAAUUUCCAUAAAGUUGAAGUCAACAAAACGGUAUGGGAAGUACCAGAAAGAUAUCAGAAACUAUCAGCUGUGGGCUCAGGUGCCUAUGGGCAAGUUUGUUCUGCUUUGGAUACUCAAACUGGUAAAAAGGUAGCUAUCAAAAAACUUGCUCGUCCUUUCCAAUCAGCAGUUCAUGCAAAAAGGACUUACAGAGAACUAAAAUUACUGAAACAUAUGCGACAUGAGAAUGUAAUUGGUCUGUUGGAUGUUUUUUAUCCUAAACAUGACAAUAGUCAGAUAUAUUUAGUUACACAUUUGAUGGGUGCUGAUUUAAACAAUAUCAUCAGAACACAAAAACUAACAGAUGAUCAUGUUCAAUUCUUGGUUUAUCAGAUACUAAGGGGUUUAAAAUAUAUUCAUUCUGCAGGAAUUAUACACAGGGACCUGAAACCUUCAAAUAUUGCUGUGAAUGAAGAUUGUGAAUUGAAAAUCCUAGAUUUUGGGUUAGCCAGACCAACAGAAACUGAAAUGACAGGAUAUGUUGCUACCAGAUGGUAUAGGGCACCAGAAAUUAUGUUAAAUUGGAUGCAUUAUAAUCAAACUGUAGAUAUAUGGUCAGUCGGAUGUAUUAUGGCAGAACUUUUGACAGGCAGGACAUUAUUUCCAGGUUCUGAUCAUAUUCACCAGUUAAAUUUAAUAAUGGAAAUUUUAGGAACGCCAAGUAAAGAUUUCAUGGAAAAAAUUACUUCAGAAAGUGCAAAAGUUUAUAUAAAAUCUUUACCACCUUUAGAGAAGAAAGACUUGCAUCAAUACUUCAUUGGCGCUAACCCAAAGGCAGUAGAUUUAUUGAGUUUGAUGUUAGAAUUAGAUAGUGAUAAAAGAAUCACUGCAGAGCAAGCAUUAGCUCACUCUUAUCUUGCAUCAUAUGCUGAUCCAAAUGAUGAACCAACAUCGGCACCUUAUGAUCAGAGCAUUGAAGAUUUAACUCUUCCAGUUGAGAAGUGGAGAGAAUUGGUAUUAGGAGAAGUACAUUCAUUUGUGUAUGUUCCCCCGCAAAACGAGGAUAAUUAAUGGUGACUACUGCUUUCUAAUUACUAAUUGAUUUAGUAUUUACGAGUGUAUAAAAUGUUGAAUUGAUAAAUCUAUUAAAAUGAAGUUCUAUAAUAAUAUGUACAAAAUUUAUUAUAUAAUUUAUGAACAAAAUUGUAUAAUACUUAAAUAGCAAAAUUCACAGCUUUA